AUGGUAAAGCAGAGCAACUCAGAACAAUGGCAAGUUGAUCUACGGCUCAAGGCAGGUGACACUGAAGAUGGUGCAGCUAUCUCCGUCCACAAACUUGUCAUGGCAGCAAGAUCAGAAGUGUUCAAGAAGAUGCUCGAAUCCGACAAUAUCAAGACUUCGGAUGGUAAUAUCGAGACAGUAACUCUCCAUGUGCUUAAACAAGAAGAGUUGGAGGCUUUAGUUGAGUUCAUCUACAACAACCGGUCCGUGCUUUCUUUAAAAGAGAAGAAACAUGUGCAAUCACUUUACAUAGCAGCGGACAAAUACAAGAUCCCGCAUUUGCGGGAUCUCUGCAGAAACGAGCUUAUAUCAUCUCUUAACUUAGCAAAUGUUCUUAACUUCAUGGAGCUGUCCUUGAUUCCUUUUGACAAAGCGUUGAACGACUCCGCUGCCAAAUUUAUCGUAAGGAACUUAGGGACGAUUUGUAAAACUGUUGAGCUCAAGGAUUUCGUUAGGAGGAAUCCGGAUCUUGUAGCUGAGAUACUUAGGUCUUCUUUGACUGGUAUGUGGAAUGGUCAGUAUAUCUAGCUACUAGAAGAACCAUAUUGUAUCUUUUCAUUUCAUUCUAAGAAA